CCUGGAGAACCUCGAGAGAGAGAGGGCUGGCGUGGCAGGCGCUUGACGAUGGACACCGCCUCCCUCAUCGCGUCCGUCCUCUCCGCUGCGCGCGACUGCCUCGCUCACGCCCUCCUCUGGCUUCCCGAAGUCCAUCCUGACCUCAGGGAGAAGCCGGAGGGGUUGGCGGUCGCUGGCGCCGCUCUCGUGCCGCUCCUCCUGCUCAUCUCUUCGCUGCUUCCCACGCGUGCUCCGCGCAAGGCCAGCAGCGAGAGCGGCGGUGGCAACAACUGGAAGCGUGCUCGCGUCGUGAAGACCGUCGCGGCAACGCCGCUGCUGGGCCGCUCGCCCUCGCUGCCGCCGCCGACGGCUCUGCCAAGGCCGGUCGACCUCACGGGGUCCUGGGUCAAUGUGUCGAUCCGCGGCGACAUGCACGCGUACAUGGUCUCGAUGGGCGCCCACUUCCUGGUGCGGCAGGAGGCCAAGGCGCAAGAGUUUGGCGUCGGCAAGAUGCGAAACGUCAUCUCGCGGCAAAGCAACCUCCACCUGCUCAUCGAGAUGAACUUCCCCUUCGUCCAGUCCAUCGAGCUCGAGCUGGACGGGCGCGAGCGCGAGUACGGCACAGAUCCGUUCGGACGCUCGCUUCGCUACUGCGCCCGCUGGGAGGGGGCCGAGCUGGUGGCGGGCACGCGCGUCACCCGCGUCUUUGCGCGCGAGCAGCCGGGGACGCGCGCGCUGCGGUAUUGACGCCGAAAGGUAUUGACGCCGAAAGGUAUUGACGCCGAAAGGUAUUGACGCCGAAAGGUAUUGACGCCGAAACGACCGCGCAGCCUUGUUUGGGCGCCUGCUGCCGGACGGCGGGUUUCGCGCAGCAUUGGUCAAUGCGACUUGCGCUACUGGAGCGGCGGAGCCACCCUCAGAGUGAGCGUUGUACCGGCGGAGGGGGAUGCACGGGCGGGCCGUGCCGCGCGCGUGCGCGGUGCUGCGGUGUGUGUAUACGUUCACCAGAUGUACGACAGUACGAGUCGGUGCGCGGGCAGCGAGCUUUCGGAUUCGGUGCCAUUUAUUUACUCGA